UCCUCGGUUCAGGCGGGCUGGUUGAAAGCAGAAGAGAAGCACUUCAGUUGGCUCUUGUGUAACAAAACUAACAUUAAUAAUUAAUAUAGAUAGCAUAGUUAACAUGUUAGUUAGAUAGUACACAUUUCACCCGGUGAAUGAUUGGACGCAUGUUAGCAUUUUAAACUAUUAAAGCUAGGUUAGCUUCUCCAGGUAACAAACAUUAACGCUUGUGUUUGUUCGGUGUUUACGUAACAGCUAGCUAGCUAACCUAGUGGUUAAUGUUAGCUAAAUAAAAAGCUCUUGAUUUUACAAGCAAUGGACCGACCAUCAAGGAAGACAACGGUUGUGAGUUACUCUGAAGCAAAGGACUUUGAUGAUGAUGAGGAUUUUGCCUGCGUGAAGGCUCCACCCAGCAAAAAGGCCAGAGAGGAUGUGAAACAGGAGAACAAGAAAUCAUCGAGCAAGUCCUCCAGUCAAGAGUCAAAAUCACAAUCCACACUGAGCCAGAAGAGCAGAAGACCAUUAGAUGUGAAGUUGUAUGAAAGAGAUCUAGAAGCAGCCAUUACACUAUCCUUGCUCAAAAAUGAAGAUGGGAUAAAGGACCAGUCUCCAACCAGUAAAGGAGAUCUCAAGGUCCAAUUUCCUGUAGUUGAAAACACAGAUCCAACUUCUUUGCACGUGUCCAACUGCAGUGUGGAUUUGGCAGUUUUGGGCCUGGAUGAAAUCACAUCAGAAAAAGAGUCACCUGCCCUUUCCAGACAGAGAAAGGCUGCCACUAAAGGCACUGAGGACAAAAAGCUUAAGGAUGAAGAUGAAGACUAUGAGCCCAAACUGACACCAGAUUCAGAAAGUGAUGAGGAUUUCAGUGAACCAGCUGAAAGCGAAGAUGAGGAAUUCACAGUGAAGAAAGUCAGCAAAACAAAAAAGAAGGAUAGAGUUACCAAGAAUGAGAAGGCCAAAACGCCUCGUGCCUCUAAAAAAGAAAAGCAACCGUCGAAACCAUCAACGUCUAAAUCCCAGGCAGCGGCAGCUUCCACACCGGUGAGAAGUCCUCCAACAGCCAAACUUGCACCCAAAGGACCUGCUUCAUUCUCCACGGUUUCCACAUCGAAACCUGCAUUAUCUCUAAGCCCAGCAGGGGGUAGGAUACCCAAGUGGAACCCUCCAGCUCAAGUUGGUGGAAGUCCCACUUCAUCCAGUCCAGCAGUGAAGUCCCCAGGUCAGGGUCUGCGGCUUGGACUGUCCCGUCUAGUUCGAGUCAAACCUCUUCAUCCUAGCGUUGCAAGUCACUGACCUGUCUGUGGAUGCCCCUGUAUGUGUCAGUUGUUGUUGUCCUUUUAGCUUUAUUUAUAAAAAAAAUAAAUAAAAAAAAUGCUUGUAAAUUAUUAAUUUCUAUUUUCACGACUAUACAUAUAAAGUAACUCCCAGGAUAUAUUUUCCCAUGAUGCUCUCAUAUAUGCCACUUGAGCUAUAUUUUUCCACCAUACAAUGUAAAAAGCUCAUUAAACUGUCAUAGGGUGUGCUUUGUUGACUCUGGCUGAAAUGUUAUUGAUGUCAAUCUUUAUCAGUACAGAUUGAUGUCCAACUUUAUCAGUACAGUACGUAGACAUGUGUCUAAGCAUUUUUAUAAUUUGUUUGAGAGUUCACAUCAGGAUAAACUGUUAAGACUGGAAUGUGGAAAAUUAUAAAUCCCUUUUUUAAGUCUCAUAAUCUUCUUCCCUUUUGUUUUCCUGUUGUGCUAACACUGUAUAUUAUGUACAUAUAUGAGAAAUAAAAUUUAAAAGAAGUUCAAA